AUGGAAGAGAAGUAUGGGAUGAGGGAUCUGACAACUCACUAUACGAAGGGAAGGCCCAUCUUCCCUUCCAUACCGCAGCCACAGCCUCAACCUCAACCUCCUUGUGACCUGCACUACGCCAUGGUGAUGCUGGGAGGUGGUGGUGGUGGUGGUGGUGGUGGUGGUGGAAUGACAUCGUUUGGAUUUGAUUCAACAAUGGAUGUUACGGCAUCAACAGCAGCAGCAGCAGCAGCAACUUCUGAUCACAGUGGUGGCGGUGGUAAUGGUUUAGACAUGGAGAUUGGUGGUUGUGAUUCUGGGAGAUGGCCAACGGAAGAAACUCGAGCACUCCUAGAGAUCCGAUCAAGACUUGAUUCUAAGUUCAAAGAAGCUAAUCAGAAAGGGCCUUUAUGGGAUGAAGUUUCAAGGAUAAUGUCCAUGGAGCAUGGGUAUAAAAGAUCUGGGAAAAAAUGCAAUGAAAAAUUUGAAAACUUGUACAAGUAUUACAAGAAGAUUAAAGAAGGGAAAGCUGGAAGACAAGAAAACAAGAAGCAUUAUCGAUUCUUUCGCCAUCUUGAAGCUUUAUACGGCGAAACGGGCACUAGUACCAAUCCAGAUCCUAAGCCACCUUCGAUCUCGAACCUUAACAUUGAAACUCAUACUUUUCAAGCAAAUCCACACCUUCCCAAUAAUCCAUCUAUGUUCGAUUCUUCAUCGUGCGACUACAAAAACUACAAUGCAACCGUGCCGCCGUUCAGGGACGAUGUAUACAGCCAUUGUGUUGAGAGGAACAAGAGAAGGCCGGGAAGAAAGUGUUGGAAGACCAAGAUAACGGAUUUCAUCGAAACAAAAGUGCAGACGCUUAUGGAGAAACAAGAGGCAUGGAUGGUGAAGAUGAUGAAGACAAUUGAUGAAAAGGAAAAAGAGAGAAUUUUGAAAGAGGAGCGAUGGAGGAAAGAAGCGUCUACGAGAUAUGAAAUGGAAAAUAAGUUUCGAGCAAGCGAACGAGCAUGGAUGGAGUCAAGAGAUUCAGCUUUGAUGGAAGCUUUGCUCAAAUUAACUACGAAGGAAAGUAAUGAUCGUAAAUACGAGAAAACCGGCGAUAGCAGCGUGUCGAAUUGGGAAGAAAAUGAGAUAACACAACUGAUACAUCUAAGAAGUGGCAUGGAAACAAGAUUUGAAGAAGGUGGGACGUCUAUGGCAGAGGUUUUGUGGGAGGAAAUUGCUUUGAGAAUGGCUUGUUUGGGUUACAACAACAGGAAUGCACUGAUAUGCAAGUCCAAGUGGGAUGAUGUUAACUUUCUACUGAGAACCAAGAAACAGAAAGAGAAGAGCAGAUGCUCAAGUUUAUCAUCUGAUCACCAGAAUUACAAUAUGUUUGAUCAUGGAACUGGUGAAAUUAGAGGUGUUGAUCCACAGAAUGAUGGUGGUUAUAGGGUGUUGAUGAAUGACGACUGGAAUUGAUAUCGGAUGAAGAUCGC